AUGCUGCGUCAUAUUCGCCGCUUGCCUCCCUCCAGGGGGAAGAAGACACCCUGGACAAGGUCCAUCUCAAGCGCGGCACCCGCCGCAGUCGGCCCUGCUGCCUACGGGAGAUCACAGCCGCAGCCUGUGGCUUCCAUUGCCCCUGGCGCACGAUGGACAACCACACACAGCGUGCCCCUUAGUCGCGAUACCGUGCUCGACCUGCUCUAUGGCAGGGCGCCGCUCAUCAGAGAGCCCGGGUUCCUCACUCCGGCGGAGUGCUCCAGGUAUGAACAGCAUCUAAGCCCACUCGUGACUCCCUACGUCCACAACACCGGGCCAACCUUGCGGAAGGUGGGCAUCGCACAGUUUGAGUAUCAGGCGCAGUCGCAAGAGGACCUGAGAACGCGCAGCAAUGAGCAGGAUCGGUACUUUGAGGAUGCCAAGACGUGGGAGGACUUUCACAACAACCUGUCUGCCGAAAAGGGACUCGACGCAUGGUUUCGAGUCUUCAAUCGCAUUUCUGGCUUCUUCCCGGACUGGGACGUCCAGGUCGCCUCCGAGGGGCCGGGGCGCAAGUACUUCUCCGGCAUCUUCCGGGCGCUCAACGACUCGACGCAUCUCCAUUGCGACUUUUCACCGUACGACAGCCUUACCGAGGACUGGAUCAUCAACACAGUCGAGCAUCAAAUCGUGUUCAACCUCUAUCUCGCUCCGGUGAAAGACGGCCGGACAAUUGUCUACGAUGUCCAGUGGACGCAGGACGCGCUCAAGCUACGCGACCCAAGCAGCUACGGAUAUCACCGUGACCUGGUAGCCGGGGCGCGCAAGGUCUACUGCGAGCCGACCGUCGGGGCGCUCUGCAUGUUCAACUCGCGCAACAUGCACGAGGUGGAGGCCGUGACGCCAGAGGAGAUGCCGUCGCUGGGGCUCAAGUUUAGGCCGCGGUUGUGUCUGAGCAGCUUCAUGGGCCUGUUGCCGAGCUCAAAAACCGGCGGCAAGCCACGGUUGAUAUUUUGGUCGUGA